ACACAUGAUGAAUCCUAAAUUGGGAUAUGUUGUGUGACGACGAAGCGCCACCAGAGCAAUCGGUUUGUCGCUGUCGAACCUGUGUUCUACGCAAACCCGAACACGUUCCCUGGCCGGAGGCGUUAGAGCUAGAGGCAGAACAAAAGGCAAAAGAAGAACAGGCAGAAGAACAAAGGCUACAAGAGGAACGGCAACGGACGCAGAAAAGGAAGUCAAAUACAUCUAAGGCACAGCAAAAUCAGCCACUGGGACAAAAGGCACUGUCACUGUCUCAGAAGGCUCUGUCACAUAAGGCACUAGCACAGCAGGCAAUGCCACAGGAGUCACUGGAGAAAAGGAAUAAAAUGGAUAAACGUGAAGUCGGAACGAGAAGGACCUCUAUAAGGACCAUUGAAUCGUUGCACAGCAAUGCCACCAUGCUGGAGGCGGACCGCCAAAGUGACUUCCGUCCCAAUUCCGAAGGUAUAUCGGCGGCUUCGUCGAUAAUGGACCCGCCAGGGGCUUCCCAAACGCAGCAACAGCCACAGCAACCCACAAUCCUGCUGAUUGUUGUCAACAAACCGCCCGAGAAUCAGUUCUAUCCACCUCCAGGAGCCGGGUACGGCCCAGGUCCAGCCAGAGGAGCCCCCAACUACUAUAAUCCGCCGCCUGGACCUGGAUUUGGACCUGGACGAGGACCACCUGGCUAUGGACCUGGACCAGGACCACCUGGAUAUGGCCCUGGACGACCACCAGGACCACCAGGGUAUGGGCCUGGUCCAAACUAUAGUCAGUAUCCUGGAUAUGGACCUGGCCCAAACUAUGGCCUGGAACGUCGUCGCAACGACGGCUACCGGGAGAAUCGUCCGUUUCAGCAACGCAGAGGAGACCCUCGAGAUCGCAGAGACUCAUUCCAAGGCGAUGACCGUUAUCGUCAACCUCCACCUCCACCUGCGCAAGGCUGGCGAGGGGGACCCCCUCCUCGUGGAAGGAGAAAUAGUGAAAGUUCUCGACGAACAAAUGAAGACCGUGAAGGAGACCGUGGACAAGUAUCCAGAUGUCGAUGUGGACAGGACGAUGGAGGAAAUGAUGGAAUCUCUGAAAAUAGCAGAAACCAGAGGAAACGAUGUAUGUGCGUAAGUGAUAAUGAUCGCUAUAUGCAAAGUAAUCCACCAAGUCACAGGAACUGCCAUUGCGAGGACGGCGACCGGGAGGUAUCCAGAAAAACCUUCGAAAAUAGCAACGAAAAUAGCUACGAAAAUAGCAACAAAAAAUCCCCAGGGAAAAAUACGAAGGAGUCAGCAUGGGUCAGCAGCAAGGUCACGUCAACGCCUCCAGACAAUCCCUUGCCGUUCAGCAAGGAAACGACCUGCUCUCACCAGAAGGAGGAGGUGAUUGUGCCAGGCAAGAAGACCUAUCGCUAUGUCACAGUUCCCGUGUGCAUCACCCAUGGCAAUGCAAAGUCUUGUGUGUGCUGCGACUGCCAUGAGGAGAACGACGAGGACGACGAAGACAAUGUGAACCGCACGUGUGAUUGCGAUCCCCAAGGACAUUGCAGCUGCCUGGAGGGUCACAGUGAAACUCAUUUGCACGAUGAGGUCCUGUGCGAGUGCGAUAUGACCAAUCUGGAGCGAACGCUGGAACACCUCAUACCCAAUACGGACUGUACGUGCUUUUUCAACGCCCCGAAGAAGAAACGCAAGAGAAAGCGCCUUGGUCCAACGGUCCGAUACGAUCGCUUUGCAAAUCCCCCCUUUGUCCUGAACCCCAGGCCGCGCUGCCUGGCGUAUAGCUGCAACACCUGCUGCUGUCCGGUGGGCAGGAGCUGCUACAACUGCGACUACAGUCAUGCUUGCUGCUGUCCAUGUUGUUGGUGAUGCUCUGGAUGCUUCUCUAGCUUCUGAAAUCAUAAAAUAAACCCAAUCAUAGGACAAAACAAAAACGACAUAGAACAUUUUUGAAUACCCUAGAAAGUGGUCUGGGGUGGUUUUUCUUUUGUUGACACAUCUGACAAAUGCUCACUGGGAUGUACUACUGCUGCUCCUCUUGGCUCCAAAAAUGGAUAACAAAAUAAAUUGUGAACACAAACUGUCCAAUCAUGGUGGCUCUGAG